AUGUCAACGAACCCGAACCCAACAACGACUGCUGGUUCGCCGGCAACAACGACGACGACUGUUGAGAUAUGGGAUAGUCUUGCUACCUAUCGCCCAAUAAAAAGAUGUCAUUGUGGCUUGUGUACAUGUGAUCUUGCAACUACUCAAGAGACUGAUCGAGAGGAAGACAAGGUGCACCAGUUCUUAUGUGAUGACCAGUUUAGAGCAGUCCGAUCGAGUCUUGUGGCAAGGGUACUAGUGCAACCUUUAGAGGAGGUGUACAACAUCGUAAAACAAGAAGAAGAUUUGUGUGUAAGUGGUGAAGAGCGAGCUGAGGUGGUUUCUUUUGCUGUGAAUACCAAACCACGUUUCAAACUAGAGGAUAAAGAGGGGAUGCUUUGCAAACUCUGCAAUCAUCAUGGUCAUACUGUAGACCGAUGUUAUGCGGUCAUUGGAUAUCCUGAAUGGUGGGGAGACAGACUAAAGAGUCGUUCAUUUCAAGGUAGAGGUCGUGGAGGCUCUUCUAACGGUGGUGGACGUGGUAUGGGUCAUCAAGUUGCUUAUGCGAAUCAUGUUAAUGUCCCCAAUCUUGAACCUGCUGGAAAGGAACAGGCCAAUCAAGUUAUCACGGAUAAAGACCGUGAUGGAGUCAGUGGUCUCACAGACCAGCAGUGGGGCGCCAUAAAGAACAUUCUCAACGCUAAGAAAGAGACCGCAAGUGAAAAAUCCUCUGGGAGGUAUGAUAUCUUGUCAAAUAUACGAGAGAUGUCACCGGUUCUGAUCAUUAUGGCCGAUGGAAGAGAACGAGUUUCUCUUAAGGAGGGUUCAGUACAACUUGGUUCUGGUUUAGUAUUACAAUCAGUGUAUUAUGUUGAUGAGUUGCAUGCAUAUUUGAUAUCUAUGGGACAGAUCAUGGAUGAGAAUAGAUGUGUAGUGCAGAUGUCUGAUACAUUUCUGGUUGUUCAGGACCGAUCUUCGAGGAUGGUGAUUGGAGCUGGUAAGCGGGUUGGAAGCGCAUUCCACUUUCGCAGAAUGGAGUUAGCUGCUGCGGUCACAACACAAGACACUGAAAAUUUGGAGUUGUGGCAUAAGAGAAUGGGACAUCCAUCUGCAAAAGUUCUAGGAGUGCUUCCUUGUAUUUCAAAUUCUGUUUCAGUAAUCAAUUUGAAUAAGGAUUGUGAUGUGUGUUUCUGUGCAAAAAAAACUAGAGAGAGUUUUCCUCUCAGUAUGAAUAAAACUUCUACCAUUUUUGAGUUGAUUCACAUUGUUUUAUGGGGUCCUUAUAGAGUUCCAUCACACUCAGGAGCUAGAUACUUUCUCACAAUUGUAGAUGACUACUCAAAGGGCGUUUGGUUGUAUUUGCUACCAAAUAAAGCGGAAACAAGAGAGCAUCUGAAAAAAUUAUUUGCUCUAACAGAGAGGCAAUUCAACAAACAAGUGAAGACAGUAAAAAGUGACAAUGGGACAGAGUUCAUAUCUCUAACUAGCUUUUUCCAACAAAAUGGAAUAGUUCAUGAAACAUCUUGUGUAGGAACACCACAACAGAAUGGUAGAGUUGAGAGAAAACACAGACACAUUUUAAAUGUGGCAAGUGCGCUGAGAUUUCAAGCAAAUCUUACUAUACAGUUUUGGGGUGAACGUGUGUUCACUGCUGGGUACCUAAUCAAUCGGACACCAAGCUCAAUUUUAGGAAACGUUACUCCGUUUGAACGACUUUUCAAUCGUGCACCAUCGUUUGAUCAUCUUAGAGUCUUUGGUUGUCUCUAUUAUGCUCAUGUACAAAAUCGAGGCGGAGAUAAAUUUGUAUCCCGCAGCAGACGAUGUAUCUUCGUUGGCUACCCACAAGGUAAUAAGGGUUGGAGAGUUUAUGAUCUUGAAAACAUGGAGUUCUUUGUAUCGAGGGAUGUUGUGUUCAGCGAAUCAAAGUUUCCGUACUCACUAGAAACGACGUUGCCUUUGCUUGAUGAUGAUGAAGAAGGCCAUGUUUUAUGGGCUCCAAUUUCAGAAGGGAUUAUUUCUGAAGAUCAUGUUUUGUUAAACCCACAAGUAAUUCCUAUCCCGCAGCCUACAAUGGAAACUAAUGUUGAGCCCAAUCCCACGGCCCAAACAAUUGGUACUGAUCCAAGGCCCAAUCCACUACUCCAACAAGUCGACCAAGCUCGACCUACAACUUCUUCUACACUGCCCACCACGACACACUCCACGACUGAGCUUGCUGAACCGCGAUUAGGUAAAGGUCAACGGCAGAAAAUGACCUCCGUGAAAUUAAAAGAUUAUGUUGUUGACCCAGCUGGUACGUUGUUAUGGGGCGUUGGAGGAGAACGAAACUUUUGA